CAUACCCCGAGUACAUUCUCUCUAUCCCUCGACUUUGUAUCGGAACUCGGGUUUCCAAAGGCUGACGUACCGGUUUCGGGUAGUCGGAUUUUUUUAGGGUAAACACGGCCACCGCUGGUUACAAGACAACAGAAAAAUGUUACUCCUAAUUCUCGGGAGGAUUUUGCCUUGGCAUUCACUUGCCCGAAAUAAAUACCUCCGCGCGUGACCUCAGACGCGCUUAGAGAAAUUCCGUUUGGCUUCUUGUUGACUCGUCUCGCCUUUUGCGUCUCCCUCUCCCCCCUUUUCGCCAACUCCGAUCUCCGAUUUCCGACAGCCGACGAGGAUUCUCCGUUUACCGGCGAAUCUUCCUAGGUUUCCGAAACGAUGACGAGAAGCGUCGAACCUUUGGAUUUCAAAGAAGAGGACGAGCUCUGCGAACUCAAUUCUGGGGAAUUGCUGGAGAAUCUCGGAAACCCUAGCCCGGAAAAUUCUCCGGUUCUGCAACACCAGUGCGUCCGAAACUUUUGCCAAGAAAAUUGUAUUCGGAAUGAAUACAUGGGAGGUUCAAGUCUUGUAGAAGCUGCUGCUGUUGAAAGCGAUAGUAUGCGUGAAGAAGAUGUUCCCACUGUUGUGGCAGAAGCCGAGGAUUCAAGGCUGAGUCCAGCGUUUCAGUUGGAUUUUGAAGUACAUGAAAAAGAAACAGAUGUGGGUCAAGUUAAUCAUGGACCUGUGACUUUCUCUCUUGAGCCAGGCUCAAAGAAUUUCCGUGGUGAAAUAUCUUCACCUAGCAAAUACCAGCUAAACUCAUGCAUCUCUGAUUCUCCGCCCAGCCAGGAGCAAGGUGAUAUGAUUUCAGCUAACGUUGAAAGCUUGAGCGAUCACUCUUCAUUGAGCCUGGCAUCUGAUUCAGAAGAUAUGCUGAAAAAUUGGACGUUCGGUGAUAUGGAAAUGAUUGACAUAAACACAAUGGUGAUCAUGUCCCCAGAAUAUGUUAUACUGAAGGAUCGGCCUUCUGCAGCAUCUCUGGUAAUCUUCUCGUGCAAUGGUGUCAUCAUCAAGGGUUAUCCUCUAAAUAAUGAGGAAGGGCCAUAUUCAUAUGAAUGGAGAGUUGAAGACAUUGUUAAUAUCGAAUACAAUUGGUCCCAAAAUUUUGGGUUGGUCACUCUGAAAAUCCAAGUUCUAUGGAAGGAUGAAGAAUGCUGUGAGGAUUUGCAGGACACUACAGACAUUAAGGAGUUGAGACUUGGAGUUUCAGAGUGUGAUUGGGUGGAGAAGCAACAAAAGAUCAACUCAUUGAAUGUGAAAUACCGGGCUAUCUGGAACGCAGAGCCUAAUUGCAGCAUGGAAGUAUCCGAUGAAAAUUUGUCACACAGGAGGCGUUAUUUUCCAAGUUUUGAUGAAACUUUUGAGGAUGUCGUCUACCCGAAGGGAGAUCCAGAUGCUGUUUCCAUUUGCAAAAGAGAUGUGGAUCUCUUGCAGCCGGAGACAUUUGUCAAUGAUACAAUCAUAGACUUUUAUAUUAAGUACUUGAAGAAUCAGAUUCAGUGUGAGGAAAUGCAUAGAUUCCAUUUCUUUAACAGCUUUUUCUUUCGGAAGCUAGCUGAUCUUGAUAAAGAUCCAUCAAGUAUAGCUGAUGGGAAGGCUGCUUUUCAACGUGUCCGUAAGUGGACAAGGAAGGUGGACAUAUUUGGGAAGGAUUUCAUCUUUAUUCCUGUAAACUUUAAUCUUCACUGGAGUUUAAUAGUCAUCUGUCACCCAAGUGAAGUGGCUGAUUAUACAGAUCUAGACUUGGAUAACUCCGCAAAAGUACCGUGCAUAUUACAUAUGGAUUCUAUAAGAGGAAGUCAUGCAGGGCUUAAGAAUCUUGUCCAAAGUUACUUGUGCGAGGAGUGGAAGGAGAGGCAUAAGGAGACAUCGGAUGAAAUUUCUUCAAAGUUCUUGAAUUUGCGGUUUGUCUCACUUGAGUUGCCACAGCAGGAAAACUCAUUUGAUUGUGGCCUCUUUUUGCUGCACUAUCUGGAGCUUUUUCUUGCUGAAGCUCCACGUGAUUUUAAUCCUUUCAGAAUAUCGAGGGCUUCCAACUUUCUUUAUCUGAAUUGGUUUCCUCCAGCCGAGGCUUCACUGAAGCGAACUCUGAUUCAGAAGUUAAUUUUUAAACUCCUCGAAAACCGUUCUCAGGAAGUCGGUAACGAGCAGAACCAGUCCUCUGAAAGUCCAGUGGAUGACGAGAACAAUAUGGGCAUUGAGGUUUUUCCGGGGAAUAUGACUCAGUCCCAAGACAGUCAAGGGAUCGAGAUGACUUUACUCGACAGAUCUUCAAUGAGGAACUGUAAUGAAUCCGGCAUCGUCCUGAAGGAAUUGUUCGACUCAGGAGCCGCAGCGGGAUCAUUACUUGGACAUCUACAAUCGUUUGAGGAACCAUCUUCGUUUUAUCACAUUAGUAAUGCAACAUUGCCAAGAGAGCAAGUGGACUUGGAAACCGGAGAGCAGUUCAUGUGUAUAAACCCUGGGGAAAGUAGUUUUCAGCCCUUCGCCGAGACUACAACUCCCAGAGGUUCUUUCUCGUUUACCGAGACAUCCUGGAACCUUGGGAUUUCAGUGCAGAGAGAAGAAGAAGGUGACGAUGAUUCAUCUGAAACAUUGACUGACGACGAUUCAGACAAUGUGAAUAUCAUUGAAGACAUUACGUUGGGAAAUAUCGGCAAUGAUCACCAGAAUGAAACAGCGAGAGAGACAAGCUCUCUGUCCGCACAGCCGGAGAUAUUUUCAGAAGCUUUGGGUUCCAACACUGAUGACCAUUCCGUGGAGAACGAAGAAUCGUUUUCGCCGCCACACGACGAACCUCUGGUUGUGGUUCCAUCAAGUCAAGAUGACAUAGAAGAAGAUGAAACUUUGAAGGGGCACAACUUUGAAAUGGUGGAGAAAACGAGUGAAGAUACUGAUGGGGACGAUUCACACGACGAAGAGCAACCUGCAAAGAGGCCACGAUGGCUCGCACCUCCGAAUGAGAAUGGCAGCGGCACGAGGAAUUUGUCGAUGGAUCUCGGAUCGUGAAAAGUAUAAAAGAUCAAGUCUUGACAGUUUGUGCUCGAAGCUGUAAGUACGGUGUUGCGUGUGUAUUUUGGAUAGAACAUAGACGGCGAGUAGAUUAUGACGUAGAAGAAUGAAAAUGUUUUUAUUUAAAGUUCGAUUACAGUAAUAAAAAAAAAGCACCAACAAUGUGAUCCA